AUGUUGCCUUACCUGAUCGGCUCCUUCCUUCUCUCCUACCCUCUGGCUGCGCUGCUGAAACGCAUCCCUGACGCCCAGCCCUGGAAAAAGAAUGUGUUCAUCAUCGGAGUAUCCUUGUUCUACCUGGUUGGACUGUUCGACCUUUGGGAUGGUCUGCGCACCUUAUUAUAUAGUGCCGCCGGUACUUAUGCGAUCGCAUACUUUGUGGAUGGAUCACUGAUGCCCUGGUUCGGCUUCAUGUUCCUGAUGGGCCACAUGUCGGUGAACCACAUCUUCCGUCAGAUGGCCAACGAUGGUGCGACGGUAGACAUCACCGGAGCUCAGAUGGUGAUGGUCAUGAAACUCACCUCUUUCUGUUGGAAUGUGCACGAUGGUCGUCUGGCUCAGGACAAGCUGUCGGACCCGCAGAAGUACUCUGCGAUCACACAAUUCCCGGCCAUUAUCGACUACUUGGGCUAUGUGAUGUUCUUCCCUUCGCUUUUCGCGGGGCCCUCAUUUGAAUACGUCGAUUACCGUCGCUGGAUCGACACUACGUUGUUUGAUGUGCCGCCAGGCACUGAUCCGUCCAAGGUCCCAGCGACUCGGAAGAAGCGCAAGAUUCCUCGCAGUGGAACGCCUGCUGCCAAGAAGGCAGCUGUUGGACUUCUUUGGAUCUUGGCAUUCAUUCAGCUGGGCUCAUACUUCACCACCGACUUCUUGCUGUCCGACUCGUUCCUGCAUUACUCCUUCCUGCGCCGCGUGUUUACCGUGCACAUGGUGGGAUUCACCGCUCGCACCAAGUACUAUGGUGUCUGGGCUCUGACGGAAGGUGCUUGCAUCUUGUCGGGUAUGGGAUACAAUAGCUUCGAUCCCAAGUCGGGCAAGGUCUUCUGGAACCGAUUGGAGAAUGUCGACCCCUGGGGAUUGGAGACCGCGCAGAACUCCCAUGCAUACUUGGGAAGCUGGAACAAGAACACUAACCACUGGCUGCGAAACUACGUGUACCUCCGCGUCACACCCAAGGGCAAGAAGCCCGGCUUCCGCGCUAGCAUGGCCACCUUUGCUACCAGCGCCCUCUGGCACGGCUUCUACCCGGGAUACUAUAUGACAUUUGUCCUGGGUUCUUUCAUCCAAACCGUUGCAAAGAACUUCCGCCGCUACGUUCGCCCCUUCUUCCUCACCCCGGAUGGAACCAAGCCCAUGGCGAACAAACGCUACUACGACAUCCUCAGCUGGCUCGCAACUCAAUUGACACUCUCAUACGCUGUGAUGCCAUUCGUUCUUCUGAGAUUCAACGAGUCCAUCACCGUCUGGAGUCGGGUCCGUUACUACGGCAUUAUCAACUGCGCCGUCUCGCUCAUCGCUUUCGCCUCCUUCUCUCCGCUCAAGGGCUACCUUGUCUCCCGAUUGAAGCGCCGCAACCGACCCCACGUCGGCCGCACUGCCAGCACCGAGUCCGUUCGGGCCCCUGUUCUUGGUCUGCCCAACGACCCCGAGCGGGACUUCGAUGAGGCCGUUGCGGAGAUCAAGGCGGAGAUUGAAAAUCGGGGACGCCGGGGCAGUACGGUGACUAUGCCCACCGGCGAUGAUUUGAAGGCUGCCGUGGAGCAAAAGAUCGGACGGAAGUUGUAG